AUGUCCAACGACCUUGCUGACAUUGGCCUCAUCGGCCUGGCCGUCAUGGGCCAGAACCUCAUCCUCAACAUGAACGACAAGGGGUUCAAGGUCUGCGCCUUCAACCGCACUGUCUCCAAGGUUGACCACUUCCUGGCCAACGAGGCCAAGGGCACCAACAUCAUUGGCGCUCACUCGAUCGAGGAGCUCGUCUCCAAGCUCAAGCGGCCCCGUCGCAUCGUUCUCCUGGUCAAGGCUGGCCAGGCCGUUGACGACUUCAUCAAGCUCCUCGAGCCUCACCUCGAGAAGGGUGACAUUAUCAUCGACGGCGGCAACUCUCACUUCCCGGACACCACCCGCCGUGUCAAGGAGUGCGAGGACAAGGGUCUUCUCUACAUCGGCAUGGGUGUCUCGGGUGGUGAGGAGGGUGCCCGCAACGGCCCCUCGCUCAUGCCCGGUGGUUCGGCGGCUGCUUGGCCCCACGUCCAGGAGAUCUUCCAGAAGACCUCCGCCCAGGUCAACGGCGAGCCCUGCUGCGAGUGGAUCGGUGACGGUGGCUCUGGCCACUAUGUCAAGAUGGUCCACAACGGCAUCGAGUACGGAGACAUGCAGCUUAUCGCCGAGGCCUACGACAUUCUCAAGCGCGGUCUCGGUCUCAGCACCGACGAGAUUGCCGAAAUCUUUGCCCGCUGGGAGCAGGGUGUGCUCAAGUCGUUCCUCAUCGAGAUCACCCGCGACAUUCUCCACUUCAAGGACACGGACGGUGAGCCCAUUGUCGACAAGAUCCUCGACAAGGCUGGCCAGAAGGGUACCGGCAAGUGGACUGCCAUCGACGCCCUCGACCGUGGUAUGCCCGUGACCCUCAUCGGCGAGGCCGUAUUCGCUCGGUGCCUCUCGGCCAUCAAGGACGAGCGUGUCGCCGCGUCCAAGGUUAUUAAGGGCCCCGCCCACGAGCCGUUCCAGGGCGACAAGAAGCAGUUCGUCGACGACCUCGAGCAGGCCCUCUACGCGUCCAAGAUCAUCUCGUACGCCCAGGGCUUCAUCCUUAUGCGCCAGGCCGCUAUCGACGAGAACUGGGACCUCAACAACGCAUCGAUCGCUGCCGUCUGGCGCUCCGGGUGCAUCAUCAAGUCGGUCUUCCUGUCGGACAUUACCGACUCGUACCGCAAGAACCCUAAGCUCGAGUCGCUCCUCUUUGCGCCCUUCUUCCAGCAGGCCAUUGAGAAGGCGCAGCCUGCAUGGCGCCGCGUCAACGCCCAGGCUACCCUCUGGGGCGUUCCCAUCCCCGCCCACGGCACCGCCCUCUCGUUCUUCGACGGCUACCGCUCGGCCGUUGUCCCGGCCAACCUUAUCCAGGCCCAGCGUGACUUCUUCGGCGCGCACACUUUCCGUGUCAUGCCCGGCAAGGAGAACGACCACAUGAAGUCGGGCGAGGACAUCCACGUCAAGUGGACCGCCACCUCGGGUGACGUCUCCUCGAGCACGUACAACGCCUAA